AUGACUGACACAAAUUCACGCAAUGGUGGUGGGGCCAACGAUAGUAAGGUACAGUCCUCAAACAGCGAAGAAAAGCUAACGUCCAGUAGCGAUCAGGGUGAUACUGAUCUUCACUAUGUGGAGACGAAUGGAACUCCAGAAAACUUCAAUGCUGAUAAUAUAUCAGUUGGUACGACAACAUCAGACUCUUCUGAUACGUCAACUGCUAAUGCUGAUGAUGUGGGUAGUGGAUUUUCAGAUCUUGGAAGGGUUCCUACCAAUAAAUCGAUGCUUUAUAAAGAUCCAGAGCAAAGACCUCCAAUAUUCAAGUCGACUCUGCAAGAAGUUAUAUGUAUUAUCUGCGUCACUUUUGCCCCCGCCGCUGCCACGAUGGCUGGAUCAUGCUUCCAGUUAGCACUUACUGUUACAUCUGAGUUUUUCCACGUUGAUGGUGGCCGACUCACUUGGUGUGUGAAUAGUGUUGUUCUUGCAAAUGGUGCCUGCUUGUUAUUGAUGGGUGGCGUUGCCGAUGGCUUGGGGCGUCGAAAUUCUUUGAUGAUUGGAUAUUUUUUGUAUGCCGUGUUCUCUCUCAUCUCAGGUUUUAUGAAUAACUUUGUUGCUCUCUGUAUUAUGAGGGCUUUGAUGGGUGCUUCAGUUGCGUGUGCCACGCCUGCUGCUGCCGGAUUUUUAGGCUCCACUUACAAAGAUUCUAAAAGGAAAAACAUGGCAAUGAGUAUUUUCUCACUAGGAGCCCCUGUUGGUGGUGCCAGCGGCUUCUUUAUUGCCGGUGUUUGUUUGGUUGCAAUAAACUGGCGUGCCAUCCAUUUCUUUUUGGCAAUAUUGUUCUGUAUAAUCAGUGUUUGCGUUUACUUUUAUAUACCAAAUGAUGAGACGCAUAUGGAAUGGCGCCGGUCGAAAGAGAUUUUCCGCCAUUUGGACUAUGGAGGUUCGGUCAUAUCGUUGGCAGCAUUCACUUUAAUAUGCUUUGCUCUUACACAGGUUGAUGCAACCGAGAAAAGAUGGAAUACACCUUACAUCAUAGCAUUGCUUGUGGUUGGCAUUCUAUUGAUAGGCGUUUUCGUUCUAUACGAGAUCUACAUUCCAUCACAACCAAUUAUGCCUAUGAAACUUUACAAAAGCUUGAACUUUGAUCUCUGUAUGAUCAUUUCGGCAUUCUGUUGGAUGAAUUUUCAAGGUGUCCUAAAUUAUUAUUCUAUUGUUUACUUAGAAAUGAUUAGAGGAUACUCUUCCAUUAUUACGGCCUGCUGUCUGCUCCCACAAACAAUUGUUGGUAUGUGUGUCAAUAUUUUCGCCGGUUUCACAAUGCAUUUAAUACCUGGCCACAUUUUGGUUUCCGUCGGCUGUUUAGGCUUUUUGGUAGCAACAAUUAUCUGGUCCACACUCUCAAUCGACAGAAAUUACUUUCUUGGCCCAUUCUGGUCUUUCUGUAUUUGCGUCUUGGGAGCAGACCUUAUUUAUAACGUCUCGAAUCGUUGUUCUUUGAAUCUCGUUUCAAAAGACGUUCAGAGUAGAGCUGCUGGAACAUUCAAUACCAUCAUCAACCUAGCUUCUUCGGUUGGUUUGGGAAUUGCUAGUACUAUUGUCACGUCAAAGUACAGUUUAUAUGGUACUACUGAAGAGGACGACCAUCCCGUUCAACUAUGGGAAGGUAUUAGAUAUGCAUUCUAUUUCGGUCUUGCUCUCUGUGGCUCCUCUUUAGUAAUCAGCUUCUUUUUGAAAGUUGGCGUUGUUGGUGCCAUUAAAAAGCCAGAUGAUAUCGAAGAAGCUCAAGAUGAAUCCUCCUCAAACGAGAAAGUUUCCGACCCAAGUAGUGAGCCAAAAGCAGCUCUCGGCACACGGGAAAACGGCUUGAUUCCGGCAGCCUGA